AUGAACGACCCCAAAAAUCUAGCUGCAACCCCGUUGCAUGGUAUAUACAUUCCAACAGCACUGAUCAUUGUGGGUAUCUGCAUAUUGAACUAUGACUAUCUCCCUCACACAAUCGCAAUUCUAGUUGUGUUUUUCACCGUUCAAUUCACAAUUGCCUGGUUCAAAAAGCCUGUCUUGAGCAGCACCACUUUCCAAAAAUAUGAACUACUAGACAAAACAGUGAUAUCCAAGAACUCUGCAAUUUACAGGUUCAAGCUGCCAAACGAGACCGACACCCUAGACAUCCCGGUUGGUCACCACUUGGCUUGCAGGUUUGUCAUCGACGAGAAGGAGUACGUGCGCUACUACACACCUAUAUCAAAUCAGUUCGACGAAGGAUUUUUUGAUUUGCUGGUGAAAUCCUAUCCUGAUGGCAAAGUGUCGAGGAAAUUUGCAGGUCUAUACCCUGGACAGCAGGUGGAAUUCAAGGGUCCUGUCGGCCGUAUGUCGUAUCAAACCAACAUGGCCAGCCAUAUCACCAUGAUUGCGGGAGGAUCGGGCAUCACUCCUAUGUUACAAGUCAUUGGAUCUAUCAUCACUACGCCUGCAGACGUGACUAAGGUGAAGCUGAUCUACGCCAACGAGACAGAAAAUGACAUAUUACUGAAGGAAGAACUCGAUGAGUUUGCUGAGAAGUAUCCAAACUUUGAGGUGAUCUACUUGCUUAAUAACCCCCAGAAGCAAUGGGAUGGAUUGAAGGGAUAUAUUACGAAAGAACUGCUCGAAAGAGAGCUUCCGGCUCCAGAGGCAGAUAAACGCGUAUUUGUUUGCGGUCCAUUGGAAAUGAGACAAAAGAUACUUGAGUAUACAGAAGAGCUGGGAUGGCCAAAGGGAGUGAUCAACUCCAAACAAGACGAUCAGGUGUUCUGCUUCUGA